AUCAGUUCGCGCUUAUAAAUAAACACAUCUUAGUACAUACCACCGUGCUUCACUCUCCAACGUAGUAGUAUCUUUUAAAACAAAAACAUCCCCCGUUUCAGACUAAACAAAAGAAACAAUGCAGAGGUUGUGCAGCAUUAUCUUGGCAAUAUUAUUUGCCGUAAUCUCCAAAGUUAACGGCUGCCCGCCAUCUGAAAGGGAAGCGCUGUUAGCAUUCAAGGCAGCUAUCCACGAGCCUCGCUUGGGAAUCUUCGAUUCAUGGACGGGAACCGACUGUUGCCACAACUGGUACGGCGUCAGCUGCGACGCCGAGUCACACCAAGUCGCAGAUAUUAACCUCCGUGGCGAGUCACAAGAUCCCAUAUUCGAGCGAGCUCAUCGGACCGGUUUCAUGACCGGUUUGAUCUCGCCCGAAAUAUGCAAGUUAACUCGCCUUUCCAGUAUCACUAUAGCUGAUUGGAAAGGAAUCACGGGUGAGAUCCCUAAAUGCAUCUCUACGCUGUCGUUUCUCCGAAUCAUCGACUUGAUUGGUAAUAAAAUAUCGGGAGAAAUUCCUGCUGAUAUCGGGAAAUUACAACGUCUCGCGGUUUUAAAUAUCGCGGAUAACCAAAUAUCGGGGCGAAUCCCGGCUUCAUUGACAGUUUUAUCGAGCUUGAUGCAUCUCGAUUUGAGAAACAACAAAAUAUCGGGUCCGAUCCCGAGGAAGUUCGGGCGACUCCGAAUGUUGAGCAGGGCUUUGUUGAGCGGGAACCAAAUAAGUGGGCCGAUCCCCGGCUCUAUAUCUCGCAUUUAUCGUCUAGCUGAUUUGGACCUUUCAAUGAACAAUUUAUCUGGUGCGAUUCCUAGUUCUCUCGGAAAAAUGGCGGUUCUCGCGACAUUGAAUUUGGAUUGCAACAAAAUAUCUGGAACGAUACCAGCAACUCUCUUUACUUCCUCCAUCGGAAGCUUAAAUUUGAGUCGAAAUGCGUUAGAAGGAAAAAUCCCGGAUGUUUUUGGGCCGAGAUCUUAUUUUACCGCCAUUGAUUUAGCCUAUAACAAGCUUUCCGGCCCGAUACCGACGACAUUGGCGGUGGCAUCUUACAUCGGACACCUAGAUUUGAGUUACAAUCACUUAUGUGGGCGCAUUCCGGCAGGAGCACCGUUUGACCAUCUUGAGGCAUCAUCAUUUACUCAUAACGAUUGUCUCUGUGGAAAACCACUCAGAGCUUGUUGAUUAAGUCGUUAAUAUUUUUUUCCAGUGUAAACCUUAUUAAUGAGAAUUUUUAAAGUUUUAAAUUUAA